AUGUUAGUGUCAGAGACAAACCAAAGUGGAGCCAUGUUCACCCUCUUGGGCUUCUCAGAUUACCCCAAACAGCAAAUACCACUGUUCCUGACUUUUCUGGCCAUCUACAGCGUCACUGUGGUAGGGAACAUUGGGAUGGUUGUAAUAAUUAAAAUUAACCCCAAACUGCACACCCCCAUGUAUUUUUUCCUCAGCCACCUCUCGUUCGUGGAUUUCUGCUACUCCUCCGUCAUUGCUCCCAAGAUGCUGGUGAACCUAAUUGCAAGGGACAGAAGCAUUUCAUUUGCGGGAUGUAUAGCACAGUAGUUUUUCUUUUGUACCUUUGUGGUUACAGAAGCCUUUUUGUUAGCAGCGAUGGCGUAUGACCGCUUUGUGGCCAUCUGUAACCCCCUUCUCUACUCAGUCGCCAUGUCCCAGAAACUCUGCGCCAUGCUGGUGGCGGGGUCCUACUCAUGGGGGGUAGCCUGUUCCUUGACACUGACGUGCUCCGCCUUGCAAUUAUCUUUUCAUGAUUUCAACAUCAUUGAUCACUUCUUUUGUGAGUUCUCAGCACUGCUGUCUCUCUCUUGCUCAGAUACUUAUAUGAAUCAGCUGUUACUGUUCAUUUUUGCUAUAUUUAUCGCAACUGUCACACUCCUCAUUAUUCUCUUGUCUUAUUUGUUCAUUGUUGUCACCGUCCUCAAGAUGCGUUCAGCCAUCGGGCGCCUCAAGGCUUUCUCCACCUGCGCCUCCCACCUGACUGCCAUCGCCAUCUUUUACGGCACCAUCCUGUUCCUCUACUGUGUGCCCAACUCCAAGAACUCCAGGCACACGGUCAAAGUGGCCUCCGUGUUUUACACGGUGGUGAUCCCCAUGUUGAACCCCCUGAUCUACAGUCUGAGAAAUAAGGAUGUGAAGGACACGGUCCGCAUGUUUUUGAAUACAAAAUUAUUUUCUUAUUAA